AAAUUAUGAGCCAUUUCGUUACUGUCGGUCCUCAUUGGGUCCUGUGAGGGCAUGCAUCCUGGAUUGGAGCCGCACCACUGCUGACAAAUACGUCUUGGCACCAGCAGUAUGCUUUGUUGAAGUCUUCAACAAGUUCAAAGUGCCAAUCACAAUGGAAGAAUCACGGAGCCAAUGGGUUUUGCGAAAAGAUCUCCACAUCAAGGCCAUCACCAAGAUACCUUCGGUCCGGUCUCGAUGGAGGGAUGUUUAUGGUCGAGAUCCAUGUGACAAGGAUGUAGAUGAUAUGUUCCAGACCUUUGUACCCAUUCAGCUGGAUGUGAUUCGCCAAUACGGACAACUGAUCCCCGGCACUACGGACUCAAUUGAUAAACUUGAGAAAGGAUUUGGGGUGAAGAUUGGUGUGACAACAGGUUUUCUACGAUCUAUGGUGGAUAUCCUCCUUGACGAGGCAAAGAAACAGGGGUAUGUUCCUGAUGCCACAGUUGCAGGGGAUGAGGUGGCCAAUGGUGAUCCCAAGCCAUUCAUGGUUUAUCGAAACCUCGAUCUUCUGGACGUCCACCCCAUUCAGUCGGUGGUUAAAGUUGAUGACACAUUAUCAGGGAUAGAGGCUCAGGAAGCAGGAUGUUGGGGAGUUGGCGGGCUUCGCUACAGCAACUACAUGAAUGUAGAUAGCCUUGAACAAGAGGCUCAGCUGUCACCUGGGGACAUCCAAGAGAGACUGCAGAAAUCAAGAGACAUUCUGAGGAAGGGUGGAGCUCAUUAUGUUGUUGAUAGUAUUGUUGAUCUACCAGAUGUUGUUAAGGAUAUCAAUUCUAGGCUUCUUGUGGGAGAGUCUCCUUGAGUGCGAAAAUGCCUCCUCAGAGUUGACAACAUUGUCUUCACCUCCCUGGUGCUUGAGUCAAAUUGAUAUUUUAUCAGAAUGGUGAUUGACUGAUGAGUGUAAAAUGUUUAUGAAUGACAUGUGUCAUGCAUGAAAGAAUCACUUUUCAAUAAUGAUGUUGAUUGAUAUGAGGGUUUGUUUACUUCAACAAACUAUGUCAAGUCAAUAUUCAGUGCUGGUUUGUUCAGGUAUUCAGAUAUUCAAAGAUGUUAACAUUAUGUACAAUGAUUAUCAUUGUUUUGUAAUUUUUUUCAAUAAUAUGAAAUCACACUAUA